CUCCUCCCUUUUGCGCCUUUUGGACACCAUCCCUCUCUCCAACUUUCCCUCUCUUCAUCUCUUCAUCUCUUCUCCCCUUUACCUCCUUUAACCCCACCAGCCCUGGGUUACCCUCAUUAUAUUCAGCUUUUUUCGCAUCUCAGUCGCCUUUAGAGCUUAUAUACGUUUAAUCCUCGACAAGAAUUAUUACAUCCACUCUUGUAAACAAACCGAACUAUGCAGGCUAUCAAAUGUGUUGUUGUUGGUGAUGGUGCUGUUGGUAAGACUUGCUUGCUCAUCUCUUAUACAACCAAUGCCUUCCCGGGCGAAUAUAUCCCGACUGUCUUUGACAAUUACUCGGCUAACGUGAUGGUGGAUGGAAAGCCAAUCAAUUUGGGCUUGUGGGAUACAGCUGGUCAAGAAGACUACGACCGACUCCGCCCUCUUUCUUAUCCACAAACCGAUGUUUUCUUGAUCUGUUUCUCUCUCGUCAGUCCACCUUCAUUUGAGAACGUAAAGACAAAGUGGUACCCUGAAAUCAGCCACCAUGCACCCAAUACACCCAUGAUUCUUGUCGGUACAAAACUUGAUUUACGUGAAGAUCCCGAGACAAUUGCCAAGCUGCGUCAGAAGCAUAUGGCUCCUAUUACUUAUUCCCAAAGUUUGCAGAUGGCAAAAGAUAUCGGUGCAGUGAAGUAUCUUGAAUGUUCAGCCCUGACACAAAAGGGCUUGAAGAACGUGUUCGAUGAGGCCAUUCGCGCUGUGCUCUGUCCCGCCCCACCUCCGAAACGACAGAAGAAGUGCACGAUUUUGUAAAAAAAAUAAAUAUCCCGCCAUUAAACUUUUCUUUCUCUAUAUCUCUCUCUCUCUUUUUCUUUCUUGCUCGCUCACUCACUCUUUCUCUCACUAGCCUUCUCUCCCUUUCUUUUUUUUUUGUUUUGUUUUCAAAAUAAUAUAUUAAUUGCAAUUUG